GCUGUUGGAGUGUUUAAGUGUCCCAGAACGGAUAGAAAAGGAUUGAUGUGCCUUGGGAGUGUCUUUAAGCUGUGAGACACAUUCAAACUGACUUGGUAAUAAAGGGUACUGAGUGUGGAUGCGCACUUGAUGUAUUUUAUAGCCUAUGUUUACCUGGAUUGAGUUUCCCCAACGCCGAAUAGGCCUCGUCUUGUUUACAGUCCUUGUUCCCGGCAACAACGUCAUCAAGCGCUUUUGACAUGCACGGAGGCGGGGACCACGGAGGAAACAACCAAUCACAGGCUUCUCGGAGCACUCGUGGAACCGGAUGAUAUAAGUAGAGCAGAGCACGUCGGCCGCUUGUCAUUUAAGAGGAAACACGAGUGGAGCACAUUCAAAGCAGAAAAGACUCUCCUACACACGAGUGGAAUCAAAACAUCUGAAUUAGUCACUGGACUCCGCUUUGAAUUCAACCAAAAGGCGCAGCCCUGCCAGACUACAAGCUCCUAAAGCAGAAUAUGAACUUGAACUUCUCCGAUUCAUAUCGGAACUCAAACUUCAAGUCACAGCACCUGCGCGCCGACAGUGAUUUCUUUUCGGCCGGCACGGCGGACGUGGGCUCACUGAAGCUCGCCUCUCCUGAACUGGAGCGACUGAUCAUCCAGAACAGCAACGGGGUCAUCACAACCACACCGACACCUGCCCAGUACCUGUACAACCGCGGGAUCACGGAGGAGCAGGAAGGCUUUGCUGACGGUUUCGUGAAAGCUCUGGACGACCUGCACAGGAUGAACCAGAUGGCUCCUCCAAACGUGUCCAUCGGUGGAGUUGCUUGUGGCGUCCCCGGUGGAGUUGUCUGCUCGGCUCCAGCCACGGUGUUCGGCUCAUCCAUGCAGCCAGAGGCGCUCGAGUACACCACCCUGGGCAGCUGUACCACCAACCCCAGCCUGUCCUCAGCCUCCAGCUAUCCCUCCACCACCAUCAGCUACCUGCCGCAUCACCAGUACCACCAGCAUCCCCAGGCUGUUGCGCACGGAUCUCACCAUUUCCAGCACUCCCUGGCCGGCGCUGGCAUCCACUCGCAGCGGUACGGCGGGUUGAAAGAGGAGCCUCAAACGGUCCCUGACAUGCAGAGCAGCGACGGGUCUCCUCCGAUGUCCCCCAUCGAUUUGGAGAAUCAGGACCGGAUGAAAGCGGAGCGCAAGCGGCUGAGGAACCGGCUCGCAGCCUCCAAGUGUCGGAGGCGCAAGCUGGAGCGCAUCUCUCGUCUGGAGGACAAGGUGAAAGUGCUGAAAACAGACAACGCCGGACUGUCAAACACGGCUUCUGUACUGAGGGAGCAGGUGGCCCAACUCAAACAGAAAGUCAUGACACAUGUGAGCAGUGGCUGCCAGCUCAUGUUGGCGCCCAAAGUGAAGUCUUACUGAAGAAACAAAGCACUUUUAAAAACACUGGACAUGAACUGCACUGAUACACAAUGAACAAUGUCUGAUACAUAUGAGAGAACUGGACUCUGAUGGUUUCUGUCUGAAAGACAAGCAGCAGAAAUCACACAAGACUAAAACACUUGGGCAUUUUUUAAAAGUUUUUAAAAGUGUCGUCUUGGCUUUGCCUGUUUACAUUUUACUUUAAUUGCAAUCUGUGAUACAUUCUCAUGUAAGUUAUUUGUGUUUGUCAGGUUGAGCCUGAUGAGCAUGCGCUUUUUUUUACUUGUACAGUAUAUAUUUAAGUAAAUGAAAUUAUGAAACUAAGAAA